GACGUGGCGAUCGUUCCCCGGGCGCGGGCGCUGGCGCCGGUGGGUUACAGCGCCGAGAAUCAGCCUCCUGCGAUGAUGGGAGCAAGCAAGACGCACGUGCGACCUCACAUGACGACGGCUGAGGACGUGGCAAUAAUUCACCCGGGAUCAGCAAAGGCGACGGCGGCGGCGACUCUGCGCGCGGGGGAGGGAAAGGCGCGUCCUCACAUGGCGACGACUGAGGACGUGGCAAUCGUUCCCCAGGCGCCAGCAGUGGCAGCACCGAUGGGAGUGGACAAGGAGGAGGAGAUGCAGGCAGAGGCAUGGAGGAAUGUGGUGGCUGAUGAUGAGGAUGAUGAAGAUGGUGGUGAUGAGAAGGAUGGCAGCGAUGACAGUGGCGAUUAUGAGGAGAAGGACGAUGACAACAACAACGAGAAGGAUGAUGGCAAGGACGAUGAUGAAAAGGACGAUGAGAAGGACGAUGAGAAGAACGGCAGCAAUGACCAUGGCAAGGACAACGAUGAGAAGGAGGAUCAUGGCAAGGACAGGGACAAUGGCAAGGGCAACAACAACUUGGCUCAAGGCACGAACCAUGGUGUGAGCCAUGGGAGUGGGCUCAAGGGGGCACAGCAGUUUCACAUGGUAACGAGCAGCGAUGUGGCCAUUCACAGGAGCAGGGCUCAAGGCACGAACCAUGGUGUGAGCCAUGGGAGUGGGCUCAACGGGGCACAGCAGUUUCACAUGGCAACGAGCAGCGAUGUGGCCAUUCACAGGAGCAGGGCUCAAGGCACGAACCGUGGUGUGAGCCAUGGGAGUGGGCUCAACGGGGCACAGCAGUUUUGCAUGGCGACAAGCAGUGAUGUGGCCAUUCACAGGAGCGGGAUGCAAGGCGCUAACCGUGGUGUGAGCCAUGGGAGUGGGCUCAACGGGGCACAGCAGUUUCGCAUGGCGAAAAGCAGUGAUGUGGCCAUUCACAGGAGCGGGAUGCAAGGCGCUAACCGUAAUGUGAACCAUAGGAGUGGGCUCGGCAGGGCACAGCAGUUUCGCAUGGCGACAAGCAACGAUGUGGCCAUUCACAGGAGCGGGGCUCAAGCGGUGGUGACUGUGGUGAUUGCAAUGGGGAUAAUGGCAGCAGCGGCAAUGGGGGGGAUAACAGCGGGGAUAACGGCAGCGGUGGCGGAGGAGGAGGAGGAGGAGGAGGAGGAGGAGGAGGAGGAGGAGGAGGAGGAGGAGGAGGAGGAGGAGGAGAGGGAGGGGAGGGGGGGGAGGGGGGGGAGGACGAUUGACAUUGGCGCGAUUCUGGAAGUUCACAACGCAGUGCUUGGGGUAGGAGGAACACGAAUAGUUUAUACUUGUGUAUAUGCGUGA